UGGAAGAACAAGAAAACGACAAUUUGCCACAGUCACAAUUUAAUUUCUUUAGUUUUUUGGGUUUUUAUUACAAUUAAAGGCACACGCACUAGAGCCCCAAGCGACCUUCCGUCGUAGCCAAGUCCAUCCUUCAAGCAGCGAAUCUGUGUCAAUUAUUAUACGCUGAUGCACACCUAGAACACAAAAAUAUUAAAUACACAUUUUUAGGUAAGGAACUCGAAAUUGGAGGUCAAAAUUAAUAAUAGUCGAGCACAUAAACUGACUUGGCCAGGAGUUCUGCCUCAGUUGUAAAACUCAAAAAUCCACAUACGACACGUACGCAAAAAGUAAAACAUACAAAAUUGCAGUUCAAGUAAAGCAACGUUCUGUGGACAGAGUGUCAGCCGUAUUAUCUACUCGACGCCGUAGCGGGCAGCAACAGAUGUACAUACGUGGUGGCAUCCGUAUCCGACGCCAUCAUCACCCGAAACCGAAUUUCCACACGUAACCAAUUCUUCCUACUGGCAACUGUUCAAACAGAGACACUACCAUGGACAUAUCCGCCUCUACGUCGUUCGAGUCCAACAGCGGCACGCCGGAGGGAAAGACGAACUCCUAUAUAGGCGACAGCACGCUAUACGAUAGCGCUCUGGAUCACCAGCUGUCCAAUCUUGCCUACCGGACAUGUAAUGAGAGCCUUAUGGGUGAACUCAGCCAAAACCCAUUGCAACAACCCAAUUCCUCAAGCAAGGUAGGCAGCACGGACAUUGGAAACGAAUCAACACCGAAUGUCUCCAAGGCUUUCGGUUCACCAUCGCAGGCAGCUUUCAACAGCCCGACGCCAGCUCUUAACGCCAGCAUGCUGCUGAUCCAAUCCGAGAGUCUGGAUACGAACUCACAGGAGGAAGUCGAUCCCAAAUCACAACUGGCCAACAAGACAAUAUUCAAGACGGAUAAUCCUAACCUGUCAAUUAUAGAAAUUAACGACAAUUCCAUUAAGAAGGAGGACCUGGAGAACGAGGUGGUGCUGGUCGAGGGAGGCAGUGACGUGAAGAACCUUUUAAAGAAAUCGCCUAUCAAAGCGGUUGUAUCGGACUCUUCCUUAACCACAGAUAAACGUCGCCGCAAGACGGAGUCCCUACUUCAGACCAGCAAGCAAAAGUUGGACAUAUCCAUAGCAGAGGCAUCGGCUGUGGCCGAUGGCGAUGUCGAUGGCGAGAAACGUGAUCUAGUGCCGGUCGUAACUGACCAACCGCAGACCAAACGAGAUAUCAAAAUAUACGAUACUAUCGAGGAGUUUGAUGAAAAUCUGCCUUCGACAGUUACGCUGCUGAACACGCCAUUUGGCAGCAAGGUCUAUCUUGUGGGCACGGCACACUUUAGUGAGGAGUCGCAGGAUGACGUAUCAUAUGUCAUACGCAAUGUCCGUCCAGAUGUGGUCAUGGUUGAGCUGUGCCCAUCCCGUAUUCACAUCCUAAAACUCGACGAAAAAACUCUUCUGGAAGAGGCUAAGAGCAUUAACAUACCCAAGAUUCGAGGAAUCCUGCAGACGCAUGGCUACAUCAACGGCAUCUUCUUCAUACUGCUGCUGCAGAUGAGUGCCCAGAUCGCCAAGGAUCUGGGAAUGGCGCCGGGCGGUGAGUUUCGUCGUGCCUUUGAGGAAAUCCACAAGCUACCGGGCUGUAUUCUACAUCUAGGCGACCGGCCCAUCCGCAUAACCCUGUACCGAGCACUUCGUGCUCUGUCCGCUUGGCAGACCAUGAAAUUGGUGUGGCGCCUGACCUUCACCGACAGCAUCAGCAUUGAGGAGGUGGAGGAAUGCAAGCAGAGCGAUUUGCUUGAGAAACUGAUGCAGGAGAUGGCCGGCGAGUUCCCGGCCUUCUCUGACGUUUUCGUACGGGAGCGGGACAUCUUUCUGUGUCACUCGCUGCAGCUUGCGGCGCUGCCCCAAGCGGCUCCGGGUGCCCAGCAGAUCCGUCCAGUGCGAGUUGUCGGUGUUGUAGGCAUCGGGCAUGCCAAUGGGAUUGCCAAAAUGUGGGGUACGGUCGAUCCCAAGAAAAUUCCAGCUAUACUCGAGAUUCCACCGGCCAGCAUUGGUCAGCGAAUCUGUACAUAUACGCUGAAGUACGGCCUCAUUGGCCUGGGCUGCUAUGGAGCCUUCCGUUUUCUGCGACCCCGGAUGACGCGUUUCUUUUAGAUAGUCGACGAUGGGACUGGACGGGGGGACCAAGUGUGAGGCGACGACUGUAGGCACUUAAUUUUGCUGCAAUGUUCAAUUUUUAUUUCUUACGUUUAAUCACAUGACCUGCACACGCAGAUGAAGCGAAUUUGUUCUGUUGUAUUUUAUUGUACAAUGAUGAUGUUUUGAUAGACGCGUUUAUAUACGAAAAAAAUAUAACCGGAUGUACAUAUAUAUAUCCACAUACCAAACAUGAAAAGACCGUUUCAGAUAACCCUAGUUUUUAAUUUACAGAAUUCUUAUAUACAAGUACAUAUACAUAUAUAAUUUAUGUAAUAUUAACAAGCUAGUGCAUCAGUUAUAGUUAUAAUCAAAGACUAAUUAACCCAAGUCCUUACAUAAAUCGACAUUUCCAUUUUAAAUGUAAAUGAAAAGGAAACUACCAAGAAAGGAACUACAUUUACAUGAAACUAGGUUUUGUAAUUGAGCUGUUGUUUGUUUUAAGCUCAAAAAAUCAAUCAAAAUGUCCCUAUGCAUACAUAUAUAUGUAUACAAUUUCAUUCAGUCGAAAUCAUGCAUAGCUGUUGUUCAUUCCGUAGAAGAAAUCUAAACGAAAAAAAAUUAUUACUGUUCAUAAAUUUAAGGGACUACUAACGUGAUGGAACCUUUCAGUGUUUGAUAAAUUUAUUAGAGCAAAUACAUACUAGUAGUAAUGACGGUAUGCGGGGGGGAUUUUACAAAACGAAAGCCGAAACAUACAAAACCACACAUAUGUACAUGUACUUUAUUACAUAUAUAUACACUACAUCUGAGCGUUGUAAACGUGAAACAUGCUUUUAAAGUACAUAUAAAAAAAAGAAAAACAGCAACUAUAAGCAGUAUGUAUUCCAUAAAUAGUGUUGUGUAGCAUUUAGAUUAUAGAUGUAACUUACCACCAGAAGCCGACAAACAAGCCUUUGUUCGUAACUGACUCAAAUAAAUGUACUAAAUGUA